AUGGCCUCACAGAAGAUCAGAAGCUUCUCUUUGGGACACAGAGACUCUGAGGAGGAGGAGAGCCGCUCAGUGACCAUGUUUGAGGUGUUUCACGGGGACAUGAGAGAGAGGAUUGUGCUACAGCGGCUGAUAGUGAUUGCUCGGCUCCCCUGCGAUCUUGCUGACAGGACAGAACUUGGAGCUCAUUAUGAAAAACUCAACUUCCAGCUCAGCAAACAGUACAUGUUGGAUAACAUGACGGGCCUGCUGUUGAUUUAUCCAUCCUGUCUGCUGCAUGUCAUUGAAUCAUCCAGGGACGUCCUGGUUUCUGUUUUGAAAGACCUCACAGACCUGCAACAACAUCCAGACGGUGCCUUCCUGGAAGCUUCCAAGGUUGUGUUCAUGGCACAUAAUCCUCAAAGCAGGCUGUUCCAACAGUGGAGCUACAAGGUGCUCGAUGCAGAUCACGUGGCCGUUAACUCUAACAGACUCGAGGAAGAGGAGGAGAGCACAGAGACUCUGGUAUGCAGCGUCCUGUCAGCGCUGCAGAAACUGGGUGAACACCUUGAAAUAUCUAAGAAGGCUGCUCCUGGGUCAGUGCUGGAUGAGACUCCGGAGCUGAUCGUCUCUCAGACGGUUCUCAACAAGCUUUUGACUCAAGACGAGCUCCUGACUCCACAACAACACCUGCAGAUGUACAACUCACCGUUAAACAUCACUAUUAAUGCUGGACAAGUCAUACGAAGCAGCUGCCUCACUACAGUUUAACGUUUUGGACAAAAGGUCAAAGAAUGUGUUCGGCCUUCACUAAAGCACCUCGGCUGUGACUGAAGAAUAAAACCACUGCAACAGAUUCAUACCAACAUUUAAAAUACUGAAGAACUUUUCUAGGUUUCUUUUUUGUUGUUGUUCAGAAUGCUUCUUUCUCUUCCAAAUGUUUUUUUUUAAUGUAAAACCUGUUUGAGUUAAAUAACAUUGCACACCACAUUUACGACAAAAGCACACAAAAUCCAAGUAAUAUAAAAAACAUUUUUAAUAGUUUCAACAUUCGGAUGAGGUUAAUUUUUUAUUUCUAUCUUACGUUACACUGUGUUCCACUUGGUGACCGGGAGAUAGCGUGUCCAAGAAAAAGGCAUUUUCCUCUUUACUCCAAACUUUUAAAGAGUCCACAGCGUCACUUCAGUUUGACACAAAGAAAUCGUAAAAGAUUCCUCGAUCACUUGUGUGUUCCCUUUUUUAUUUUGGCCCCCAUUACUUUAAGCAACAAAAAAAAAAGGAUGAUUGGAUCGCAAUGGCUGCAUGCACCACAGUGUAAUCUACAAACUGUACGAGUAAAAACAAACUUGUUCAGCAUGAUUUCUUUUUUUUUUUUGCUUGUAGUAAGAUUUCAGUGUAAAGUCACGUGAACUUUUCAAGAGAUUCUAGUCCUUUAAAGCAGUCUUCUCUCCAAUCAUGUUGGCUGAUUGAUUUCCUGACAGCGGCCUCUGUUCUGAGCCAGAUGUGCUUUUUAUAUUUGCUAUAGAUAAAAAGGGGUUUAAUGUAACACAAAAGAAACAAACAUGAUUGUUUCAAACAAACUGUUGAUGGAGAGUUUGACUUAAAAAAAGGUUUGAGGUUGCCACUGAAUUAUUCUUCUUUUAUAAAGGUCAAUCUAUUCACUUAUAAAAAAUAAAUACAAGCACAUUUAAAUAGGACCAAAGAUGAGACGUAUUUCAUAGGCAUGGUUAAAAAGCAUGCUGCUGAGUUUCACACAGGACAAUGUCGAAUCAAACGCCCCAAACCUCCCUCCCCAAAAUUGGUCAUAACACACUUUUAUUUAUCAAAUACGCCACCACGCUCUUUUACUUGUAACUAUGUCCACAACACACACAGUCCGCCUUCAUCAAGACCUACGAGGUGAACUUCAUCUAUCACCGAUACAUUCCACCUAUUCGAGUAAAAAAAAGGCCUUCGUAUUUCAGUGCUCAAAGGGCAUGCUGGCAAAAGCUGUAAUACUGGAAACUGUCUCUCCCCCGACUGUCUCUGCGCGACAGGCUUAUUGUUAAUAAAGUUGUUUUUGAUGACUACUGUAUGUACAAGCCUUGAUCUGAAACCCUUAAGUACAAAAACGAAGAGCAGCACGUUGUUACACAGAAAUCUGGACAAAGACGGGACGGACCGUUCACCUCAGCACAGAAAAAAACUUUUUUUGUGGUCAGCAUUAAGUUUUUCUUUAAAUAUUUAAAUAAUAAUAAUAAAUACCGGUGAUGGCAUUUCAUGCCGUCGUGAUUUGAACUCAGCUGGAGGAUCUGAUUGAAUAAUUGGUAAGAAUUAUAUUAGAGCUGGGAUUUUUGUAGAUUAUUAUUUCAUUUACAGAAAAAUUUGAAGAAACUUUUAAUAAUUUUGAUAGUUGCUUAAUCAUUAAUGUAAUUUUUUAAAGAUAUUUCCUUGGUCUAGUGACCUAACAAUUAAGGAAAUAAUCAGCAUAUUAAUUUAUAAUGAAAAUAAU